GUGGACAUCGACACGGUGCGUGACGAGGCCAUCCCGCGGCUGGUGGCGGCACUGAAGAAGGUGCCCAGCGACAGCCCCGCGGGCGCCGUCGGCAGCAGGGACCUCCGCGACCGUCUCAAGCGGAUGGAGCUUUCUGCCCUGAACCAGGUUCCGUUGCGCGGCGCAGUCGAGUUCCACAAGCACCUCGGGGAGAACUCUCCGAGCUAUACCUCCAGUUCCUGGAGGACACUGGUGGCGCGGAGGACGACUGAGCACCCGACCGCGGGCCCAGUUUAUCCUCCUCGUCCUCCUCCUCCUUCUCCUCCUCCUCCUCGUCCAGACACAUCCUCCUCGCGCCGACCCCCUCGUGCGUGUGUGCGCCGCCGGCUCCCCGGAGCCGCGUGA